GUUCGAACUGCAGUAACAAACAAUUUUAAUAACAACAGUGUCCAUUUUGCAUUUAUUUCUCAUAUAGCUUUUUCUAAUAACCGCAGGAUGUUCUUGCCUACAUGCCUUACAAAUUCCAGAAUUAAUGCAAAAAGUGGCAGUCCAAGCCUGUACAGCCCGUUGGCAUGAUGCCUCCCUGUGGGUCGGAAGUGAAUUCCGUUUCCUGGUGCAUCGAUUGCUCAGGCCUUUGCGAACAUGUUCACGAGCCCUGGCAAGUCUUUCCAUAAACAGUGUCAACAGUAGGAGUAGGAGGCGCUCGACUGACGCUUCCUGAAAUGAUUUUCAGUUUUUAUAUGAGGGCAAAAAACAGACAAAUACGUACAUUGUGUCUGAGUUCUGGAGGGAUUUUGUAAGACAGCUCUGCGUACGUAAAAUAGACUUGUCAGCGAAAGUAUCACGUAUCUCUGUGUACCAUGACUCAGCAGCUUGAAGAUGAGUUUGAAAGGAGUGUCCAAAAUGCCCGACAAUGGAUGGAACAAAUCCAGGCCAAACUGAAAGAGAAUGACAAUACACAAGGACCUCGAAGUGCACUGGAAAACAGACUGCGGGAGACAGAGAAAAUCCGAGAUUUGGAACCAGAUGGUCAAAUUUAUAAAGAUGAGGUCUUGAUGAAAGCCGAGCCUCUGCUACAACUAAAUGAUGAGCCUGUAAAGCGAAAAGUCGUAAUGCAGGUGAAAGAAAUCAAAAACACAUGGGAAGAAACAGUUAUUUACAUCACACAUUGUCACAGCCGCAUCGAGUGGGUCUGGCUACACUGGAAAGAGUACCUGCAGGCCCAAGAAGAUUUUGAGGAGUGGAUCAUUGCAAUGAGGCAAAAACUGGAGCCUGAGCUAGAAAUGCAGCUUGGGUUGAAAGAGAAACUAUGGCAACUUGAUCAGUAUCAUGUGUUGUCCGAAGACAUCCAGAACCAGACGGGUCUGCUUGACAGACUUCUAGAGGAAGCACAGUCUUUGUACAACAGGACUAAGGAUCCGAGUGUGAACACUGAGCAGCAAGAUCAACUGAAAUCAGGUUUUAAAGAUAUAAAGGCAAAAGCACAGGAAAAAGUGAAACUACUUGAAAAAAUAUGCAAAGACCACCAGAAAUUUGAUGAGAACGUCGGACAGUUCCAGAUGUGGGUAAAUAACAUCUCAGUAGAGCUGAAUCAGUGCUCAGCAAUGGUUGGAACAGCAGAACCUUUAGAAAAAAGGCUAAAAAUAUUAGAGGACAUAAAGAGCCGGGUAAUCCAGGGGGGAGAAACACUGCAACAUCUUGAGGCCGAUGCUACUUCUGUGAAGAACUGCACUUCUCCUUUGGGAGCUGAAAAGAUCACUAAGAAAAUGGAAGAACUAUGGAAGCAGUGGGGUGCCCUGGUGCCGAGAUGUGUUCAUGUUGAAGAGACUAUGGAAAAUGCCUAUCUUCAUGUCCAGCAUUUAGAAAAUGAGUUGUUUAAGUUCAGGAAGCUGCUGCAAGAAACAGAAAGUAGUCUAGAUUCACUACAGAAAUCAAAAACUGAUGAAGAUGUGGUACCCCUUUUGAGAAAAUGUACAGCCAUCAAAUCAAACCUCGAUGCUGAAGAAUCUAUUGUAGAGAGGCUAAAAGCUCACCUGAGGGAAUUUUGCAAGUUUUCCCAGAAUGUUCAUCCACUAUCAGCCACCAUUUUAUCUGCAAUUAAAGAAUAUGAAAGUUUGAAGAGAAGGACAUCAAAGAUGAGCAAAGACUUGGAAAUACGCUUGAAAAGAAGUAUUCAAGACCCACUACGAGAGUUCCGGGUUUGGAAACCAGAAGCACAGAAGUUUUUGGACUCAACAGCUGAUCUCGAUAACACUGCUUUGAUCUUUUCCUCCUUACAGGAUAUUGAGUUCUUACUACUUCAGAGUACCAAACUACAAAAACUCCUGGCACCAUUACAACAACAACACUCCCCACUAGCGAGUGUUCUCCAAGAGAAAAGGUUUCGACUAAUUCAAAAUGAGUUGAAUGCUGCUGUUAAAGAGAGAGACAUCUUACACAACAGUCUGUUACAGAGGAAGAGUAGAUUACAGAGCCUGCUGUGUCGGACAGAAGAUUUUGACAGAGCCUUUGAGGCUUUCCAGCAGAGGCUGGCAGCAUUUCAGCUGAGGUUAUCAGAAGAAAAAGAAGCUUUGCAACCUAAUCUUCUUGCUAAAAGGGCACAACUCGAGAGAUUACAUUUGCUCCAGAAAGAUUUAGCAGAAUUUGAAGCUCAAAUUAAAGAACAGAGUGCCUUGUUCCAGUCAAACCCCACUCAUAUGGAUGGCCUGAAGCUGCUCUUGGGAAAUACCCAAACUCUAAAUAAGUCUCUGGAGAGUGUGAUAAAGAGAUAUAAGGAGUCAGCUUCCCAACAUGAGCAGUUUGACAGAGACUACCUAGACUUGUGGCAGUGGCUGAUGGCAACAAAGCAGAAACUGGUGAAUUUGCAAGGUUCUGGUCAAAAUCCUUACACUGAUACUGCAGAUUUUCAGAUGCUGUUAACAGAGUUUUCUGACAGAACUAUGAAGCUACAUCAGACUGAAGUCUUGGGACACACUGUUAUGAGCACCACUUCUUCUGAUGGGGCUGCACACAUAGAAGUUGAGCUGAAACGCCUUAGAGAAUCUUGGAAUGCAGUUAAUUCAUUGAUGACAGAUGCUACCAGCGAAGAAGAAUCGAAUUCUAAACUGGACCAAGAUGGAAAUAAUGACAACACAUUCAAUAGAACAGUAAACUGGGGUUCCUUAAUAGAUCAAGAUGGAAAGGUUGGCAAUUUGUCUCACAAGGGAGAAGUAGAUAAUUAUGAAAUGGCUCGAGAAGGAAGAAAUGACAAUUCUUUUAACAGUACAGAAGAGCUUAAUUCCAGAAUGAAUCAAGAUGGAAAGAAGGGAAAUGCAUCCAUCAGAGCAGAUGAGUCUCAUUCCAGAAUGGAUCAAGAUGGAAAAAAGGGCAACUCGUACAUCAGAACAGAAGGAUUUAAUGCCAGAAUGGAUCAAAAUGGAAAGAAUGGCAACUUGUUUAUCGGUGUAGAUGAAGUUAGUUCCCGAAUGGAUCAAGAUGGAAAAAAUGACAGUUCGUUUAGUGGGGUCAUCAUGGAAAGUGGCAGCAUGAACAUGAUCCCAGGAGCUGAUAGGAAAACAGGAUUUGAGACUGGGGUUUCUUCAACUGUUGAGACAUCAGACAUUGUAGACGGAGGCACUGGACUUAAAAUUAGGAGACACUUAAAUGAGAGAGAGGCCCUCGGAGAUAACAAGAAAUUUCAGAGAGAGUUUGAGUUGUGGCUGAAUGCUGAAAAUAACAAGCUUUCAGGAAUUUUAAGGUCCAGUAAUCCACAAAACAGUAAAGAACUUGAAGAAAGGCGAGCCAGGCUAAAGGUGUUGCGUUCCAGGGUUCCUCAGGGGCAGAAGAUGUUUGAAUCACUCUUGCAGUCACAGGAAGAUGCACAGUUUAGUGAGGAUGUGGAUUUGGAGGACCUGAGAUACCGCUGGAUGCUGCACAAAUCAAAACUCCGAGAUGCUGGAGAUUUAUCAACUUCCCAGCCUCUUGAUGAGCUUCCUGAAGUUAGAAAGAAACAUUCUGGCAGAAUGUGUUCCUUCUUAUAUCGGGUCUGCCGAGCUGCUUUACCACUCCAGUUGCUGAUGCUGCUGUUACUACUUCUGGCAUUUCUGCUUCCAUUGGCAGAGAAGGGCCAAAGCUGCACUCUUAGCAACAACUUUGCCCGUUCCUUCAAGCUGAUGUUACGACAUGAUGGCCCACCUCCUACGUAAGUUGCUUAUCAUGCCUUUGUUGGUAUGAUGAAGAGAAGACUGAAGUUCAUUUGCAUUUCCAAACCUUCCUGGGCAGCUCAAGGGAGUUACAUCACUUUAUUAUUUUUAUUACAGACUACAGUGCUAAUGCCUCGUAUGAUACUCAAGUGUUGUGCACUUGCAGUGCAACUAAAUGAAGGAUUUUAUAAGUUUCCCCACACUAAAUUAUGUUCUCUGUAAAUAUGUACAGUAAAUAUAUAACCACGUGCUCAAAGAUACCCCUGCUUUCUUACUGAAUUAAGUCUUGCAGCAGCCUGGAUAAAGUGACUGGGCACCAUCUAUUUUAUGGAAUGCUGACUGUCGAGUCUGAGUAAAUAGAUGCAUCUUGUUUUCACAGAGUUCCUGAGACAUUGUAUUGCUACACUUUUCAAAUCUGAAGGCUUCCUUGACAGAAAGUGAAGAAUUUGCAAAGGAAAGAUUUUUGUUCUGAACAAUGAUGUGCUUUGCACAUCGCGAUUAUUAACUCGGGGGUAUGCUACAGUGAUUGUUACUAAACCCUUCUUCAGUGAUCUGAGCAUUUCAGUAAUGCACGUUACACCGAGGUCAGAAGGACAUUGUAUGGGAAACGAUUUGUUUUUAGACACUUCUAAAAGUAGUUUCUGUGGUAUGACAGCUUGUAAUGACAUCCUCGUAUAUCACUGCAGACUUAAGAGGCUUAUGUUGUAGCUGACCAGGACAGAUUGAGUCCAUAUGGUUGUAGCGGAUGAUAGAGGUCCGCACCCUAGUGAGCUAUACAGAAUGUAUGUCUUCUGUAUUAGUUGUGAAUAUCCCAGUGAAAAAGGGAGACAAGAUGUCAGAUUUUGUACUAAUGCUGCUCGUAAGAGGCCACAUUCACUGAGCGAAGUUUGCCAGGAAGGGCGGGGCUGUAUUUUCACAACUUCUACUGGUAUGGUAAGAUUAAGUGUGAUAGCUUCUGGCUGUAGACACAAAAAAUUAGUUUCUGAUUGCUAGUAGAUGAGUGAGCCAGCAUCCUUUUUUAGGAGGUGAGUGAGCCAGUGAGACUGUGUAGUUUUUGACUAUAGCCAGAAAAGAAGGCUAUGUAUGGCUGACAGCAUCUUUAUCAAGCUGCCAUAUUAAACAUGCAUUCCAGUUUUGUUCAUCUCAUUUUGGAUCAUUACAAGUGGAAAAUGUCUUUUGGAAACACGCAUCUCUUACACAAAAGACUGGCUUUUAUGGAGUUUAUCUCAUUGAACUGAUCAGUGUGUAGUAAAACACUUUGUACAAAUAAUGGGAAUAAUUUCAUAGUCCCAAUGAAGGGUGCUCAGGGAUUAUCCUGGGAGUGUUUGCAGUCCAUGGUGGCAAAAACUAAGAUAAAGUACGUGUCAGCAGGCGACUUGACUCGUCUGCAACAUCCAGAAUACCAAAAGGAACCUGCACUUUCAUAGAAAAAUUUGUUUUAGACUAGGCAGCCAAAUAGAAAUAUCAAAGCUAUUGACCAGCACAAGUUACUACUUAAAUCUUUAUAUUUUUUCAGCCAUGCAUUUUAGUGCUUCAACUGUUCCACCUUAGUAAUACUUGGUAACCCUAUCCUGACCCUGCCCAUAACCCUAAUGUGCAGCUUAACUGCAAAAAGCUCCUCCCAUAAGACUACUACUACACAACACAGCUCGAACACACACACACACACACACACACACACACACACACACACACACACAAAACCACACACACACACACACACAACCACACAUUACAUCUGUCCCUUAACCUAGCCCUAACCCUAAGCACUCACAAUCAUACGCACACUAAAGCUAUCCCCUAACCUAACCUUUACAAUAAAACACACACACUCAUACACAAACUCCCAGACGCAGCACUUACCUUUGUUUACUUUCUAGAAUAACCCAAGCAAGCAUUCAAACAAGCAUCCUGUAGCUCAAUACAUACAGCAGUUUAGUUGUGUCACACAAACGAGUGUUGGCCAACUGCACAGCUCCCUGGAGAAGAUAUAAGUUAGAGUUUUUUGGAGAGGUGCGACUAUCACAUCAGGGGUUGCAGAAAGUAUAGCCCGCAUAUAGAAAUAUUUUUUUUAAUUUUUAUUUUAUUCAGAUUAAUGUUGAAUAUUUAGACUCAGUUUUAAGUAGUGCCCACUGCUUUGUACAAACUGUUGUGAGGUAUGUGCUUCUGUCUCUAGCAGCUGCUACAGUUAAAAUGUAAAUUCUGUUUGUUUCUGUGUAUUAAGUUGCUUGUUUAAUAUUAUCCAGCACUUCUCUUUAUGAUGUAUUAAGAUGCUUUGUAAUUGUAAUGCAAGUAGAUUUUAGCUGUUUGUAGCUGUAAGUUGUUUACCUACAGGAGAUGAAGUUAAAUGUUGCCAUUUUCUGAUAAAUAUUCUACCACACGAUAUAUAUAUCGCUUCCGAGCAGAACAUGUAGAAAGUUAUUCUUCCAAUAUUAAGUGCUAUUUGUUUACUUACAGGUUUGUUUUGCUCUAAUCCUGGUACUUUGGUACUUGAUGUAUUAAUUCAAUAUUGUGUAUAUCUAAUAUGAAACCAUUAACAGUGUGUCAUGUACCCUGUUACAUGAUCAUGCCCUUUUCAUGUCUGUUUUUGAAAGGAUCACGUAAAUGCAUUUUAGUUCUUUUUUCUUUAAAUUUUAUUUAACUGUUUUUAUUUUUAAUGCAUAAUAUGCAUAUGCCACUCAAAUGUUAUAUGUUUGCAUAAUGGUUAAGGUGUUUACCUCACAUGCACAAGGUGCAGGGUUUGAUUCUUGCCCUUUAAAGGGAAAUUGGAUAGGUUUAAAAUGGUCCCCAAGGGCAGCUAGCCUUGUACUUACCUAUGAACCUAUUGAUGAUAAGAAGGGUUAACAGUCAGAUUAAUUUCUUCAUUACCUAUGAAUCAAGACAGCAAUAACAGCUGCUUACCACCAGCCAUGACGUGCGUCUGAGCCCAGGAUAGUCUCCUAUCUGAUGUAUAGUCAUCUGUCCAUGAAAAGGAGAAUUUGUGUAUCAGAACUGGAAAAACUAAACAGAAUAUUCAUUGUCUUAAUUCAGCUACUGAGUGUGGCAACUUAAUUAUUUCAUCAGAAAUUAAACUUGCCGUGUACUUAGAUGGAACACUGCCUCAUUUCAAAUUUCACAUCGUCAAUAUCAGUUGUGCCUUUCUAAGUAAGAUUUUUUAGAAUGUCUGGAUUUGUUUUGCUGUAAAAAAGCUUUAUGUAGUUUUUCAAGCACAAGCUUGACUCAGGCAGAUACUGUUUUAUAGGACUGAGUUAUAUUGCAAGACACUUAUGGAUAUCGUGCAUUUUAAAUGCUUCUACACAGACUGAAAUAGAUUUUUUCAAAACAAUGCAGAUAUUUUGUGCGAAAACUACAUGUAGGACAGUGCCUUAAUUGAAAAAUAAUGUAUAGAAUAUAUUUUAUUGAAUAGUAAAUUAAGGAAGAGAAAAAGGGCAUAAAACAUACAAAUUAAUGUAUCCCUCAUAUCCAGAUCACAGAGAAAUGCAAUAUGCAAAUAUAUAUGCCUGCAGACACAGAUAAGUAAGUAAAUUCUGAGGCAGCUUGGAAGAGGUCUGUCCUUAACUAAAUUACUGAUUCAGAAAUGCCACCUCUCAUUGGCUACAUUAUUUUCUGUUUAUUACAUAGACUUGGGCAUGCGUGUUUACAAAAUUAAUUUGCAUGUAAAUGGGGCAUAAUUUAGUGCCUCCCUCAGGGCUUGUUACCAGGCUGUUCAGAAUGUCACUGCAGGUGUGCUUAUCUGCUUAACCUGGGUGAGUUGGCUGUAGUAUGCAUGGCCCUAAGCAUGUUAUUUCUUCCCUUGACUCUAUGGUAUUUACUUAUUUCAAAAAUACAGAUGUCUGGUUUGCAUACUUAUGAAACAGAAAAAAAAUGAGACAUUAUUUUAGGCCACAGUGAGUAAAGAAAGUCCUUUUAUUUCAUUUCUGCCUGUGGUUAAAGGGAAACCUGUCAGUUUUUUAUAAAUUUGUUUUUAUAACUUGGACUGGUAUGUGGUGUUUUCAUUUGCUUUAGCUUCCCUGGAUGGUUAUGUAACAGAAAAUGCAGAGAAGGACAGACCUGCUGUUUCGCUGAGUGCUUACCAAGUCCUCCAGAUUACUUCAACAAUGGUCAUUUAGAUUAAAUUGCUAACUGAAUUGCUCAUUUUUUCUGAAUCUGUGUAUGCAUCAUAAACAGUAAUGGUGUUAGUGGCAGCCUAUGUCUCACUGUCUUCAUUAGCACCCAGUGUAGGUAGUAGAAAUUUGUAGAAUAUAUUUAUCUCCCAAUAAGGCAUAAAUGUGUUUUUCACAACACAGUUUUAUAUCACUACAAUGUGUAGUUGUUUGAUUAAUAAAAUAUUAUUGCAUUUUUAUUCAUGAAAAUGAAUGCUCGAUCUGUUUAAAGCAAGCUUUGCAUAGCUGCUGUUGAAAUCAGAAUAAUACUUUGUGAGACUUGACUUUACCUGCCACCUGUGGCAUUUCUUUCUUCCUUUACUCUGACUGUGAAGCAUUUAUUUGACACUCCUUUGUCAUUAGGAUAAGCACACCAGAGUACCAACAGUAUGCCCAGGAAGUAGUCCAUGCCUGAACUCAUAAGUAUGUGUUUGAAUGUAUUUAAGAAGAUCAUUACAGAGUGGCACCAGUUUGCUAAUAUGGAGGUUUGUAUUUUGAACAUAUCCUGGUUAGAUGUUAACAUACCCAGUUUGUAUUCAUCAAUUUUAAAAUACCAAACAGUAGAAUAAACCAAGACAAAUGAGGAAACUGCACUAAAUGUUAACUAACACUAAGCUGAACACUGACCCUGACUGACAGGAAUGCAUUUGGAGUAAACCCCCUUAAUAUAUACUAAUUGGAUGUGAUUCUAUGGCCAGUGUAAAGUCUAUUAAAUAGUAUAUAACAGCAGAUUUCCUUUAGAACUGCAAUGAAUAAUGACACAAUCGAUAAUUUUAUCAGAAGUUUUCUUAAAGUCCACAAAUAAAACCUAGUGUAUAUUCUUAAAAUAGCUGACCGAUGUAUUGGUUCAUAAAAUUUGGACAGGUUGCUAAAACAAGAUCUGCUUCUUAUAAACUGGUAUACUAAAAGGUAGGGUUGUUGAUGUUAAUUUGCCACAAUAGACUACACAUACUGUGCUUUAGUCAUUUCCCCAAAACAGUGAAUCAUGCUACUAGGUUGAUAGUUGGAAAUGAAUUGUCUGUUACCACUGUUAGGUAUUAGGAUCACUAUACCUUCCACCAUGGAGAGGGAACAUGUUUAGUACAUAAGAUCUAAUUAAACAGCACUUUUAAUGGAGUGUUAAGGGAAUGACCUGAUAUGGUAUAUAAAGGCAAGUGAAAUGGCCUGUUGCCGUUCACUACUUCUACUUUUACCUUUACAGAGAUUUCAUUGCCAUGCCCUUUGUUAUAAGUGUGAUUAAGUCUGUAAAAUAAUUAUUUGAGGGUAUUGGGGAUACCAGAUAAUGUUUGCAGUGUAUACAUUGUACAGACUCCUUACAAAAAUGUGUAUAUAGUCCUUAAGCCACUAGGCAAUCCCUUAGAAAAUACACCCAGUGGUGAUCAAAACCUUUUUUUUGGUGUUGACAUAAUUGUAAAAGAUUUUUACUUUUAACCCAAAUUGAAAGAGCUCAUCCAAAGGUUUAAAUCUUUGAACUGCUGAUUUUAUGGUUUUGCAUGCUUUGUUCACCGUAAUACGCUGAAAUUUAAAGGACACAUUCUAACAUAUCUGUAAAUUGUUCACUUUCUUUCAAGUAACUUGAACAUGUUUUGUUCCACUCUGGAUUUUUUCUUUGAUAAAUUCCAGAUCAAGGGAUAUUUAUUUGUUUUGUGGAUUUUGCUAGCCAGACUGUUCCCACAGUUUGUGUUAGUUUUCAUCUAAUAACAUUUUGUACUGCAGUCCUGGGGCAGUCCCAGAUGGUGCCAUCUGACCUAUGUUCAUGUUUUAAGUAUUACCCAUCACACAUUGCUUCUUACAACUGAAACCAAUUGUACCAGUCAAAAGACUUUUUGAGUUAUGUUUCAUGUGCAUUAGAUGUUUUUCCUACCUUAAAUUCUUUGAUUUACCAUGUAAAGCAAAUUGAUUGACACUGUGCUUGCUGAGAGACACUGUUCACAGCCAUGAAGUGUAAAACAUUCUGUUUGCUGGAAAUAGUUUGGGACACAGUUGCUGGAUACGUUGUCCACCAUUACAUAAACCUCUGUUUACACUUGCCAGCCUGCCUUUUUAACUUCACAUGUAUUUCUGUAGUCACCAGAUGUAUUGAAUUCAAAGGGGAAUAAUUUAACAGCAAAACGGAGUAAUAAAAUAAAGUCCGAUGGAUCAUACUUCUAUUUGUAUUUAAAAUAUUUGUACAUUGAAAAACUGAAAAAAAAAUAAUACAAAAGAGUUAUGAUGAUACCCAUUGUAAGUCUGGUGCUGGAAACCAGCUUAAUUCUUUGCAUAAUUAUAUAUUUUUGACUAAGUGAAAGAAAUAAAAAUCCUAAAAAUGUAUUUAUUUUUAGCUAGAUUUCCAAAGACUAACAAGUGUAUUUGAUUUCCUGAUAAAAGUAAUGUGCCUGUUGGCUUUUUUCAGAAGACUGGAACUUCAGUUACAAAUGUGCUUAAUUACUUUUUAAAACACUUAAUGAUAACAUAGCUCCUUCAUGGGUCCACGCAAUGAGUCAUGAGCCCUGGGAACCCCAACAAUUAUCGUUAAUUGAAGUUUGUUUCAAGGUUAAGCUAGAACAUUAAAAGCAUGGUUUAAUGAUACAGAAAACACUUCUUUCCCCACAUGCAAACAAUUAUAUGUUGUAACAUACUUAAUUUGGACUUUGUUGUGGACCCUAUCUGUGUUUUAAGAGUGAGAAAUUUGUAUGUGUUUGUGUAUGUGGGCAAGAAGGGUACUUAGAUGAACAAUGUCACAGCUGUUUGCUUUUAGCACUGUCAGAUUUAAUUUGUGAAUCCAUUUAUGAUUCAGUGCAGGAAUAUUGAUAAAUAUAUGCAUGUGAAUCAUCUUUAUGAUUUCAGAUUUAUUUUGUAUAUCAGGGAGGGGAUAUAAUUUGAUCUGAUAUAGUACAUUUAAUAAUGCUGAUGAAAUGCUUCACAAAAUGUGCCAUUCUUUGGAAAGUUUAGCACAGACUUGUUGAUUUCUGUGGUAUAGCAGAGGAGAAAAAAAUAUGAGACUGACAUUUUAUAUAAUUUUUGUUAAAGUUGCCACAAGUUAAAUAAUGGACUUCAUUUUUGUUAAAGAUUAUUACUGACAGUAAAAAUAAUAUAGUGCAGCAACAGCUUUCAAUUCUUAUCAACAGUUUAUUUAUAUUUCCAAAGCAUGAUAAAGCUCUUCAUGCCUGCAGCUAUUGAAACUAUCCAUUUUAAGGUACAAUGUGUUGCUUUUAAUGAGGCAGAACUGUAUUGUCCAUCACUCUGGCUGAAAAGCCACAAGCAGAAAAGGUGCCUAAUGGGAGCAUUAUUAGAGGUUAUUCCUAUCAUGUGUGAACAGUCUAGGUACUAAAAUAUGUCAUAUAAAGUGGCCAUAGUACUGUAAAUCCUGUAGUAUUAUUGUUGGACCCCAGCCAAAUGACUAUCAGGGAGCCAUACAGGUUAGGUUAAGUUUGUUUUUGUUGAUAGUUACUUCUCUUCAUUUAUUUUAUUUUAUUUUAUUUUAUUUUACAUUUGUUGACCGGGCUAGUCUAGCUGGAUAUAUGUCCAUUUUCAGUAGAGGCCCGGGAAGAAAAGCUCCACACAAUUCAAACAAAGUUCACAUCUACAGAAAAUACAUAUUUAGAAUGCAUAUACAUUUUCUUGAACAGAGAAGGCUGCAAGUUUACAAGUACAUAACGAAGGUUACACAUAUUUGAAUAGACUUAGUAUAGUUAAUAAGAAGUUACAUUUAAAUGUUACUAAGGAGUACUAGUUAAGAGAAGAGAAGAGAAGAAAGCAAUAGUGUUGAUGUAGGUAGGAAAGGAAGAUAAGGAAAAUGAAAUGGAGAAGCAGUUAGGUAAUAAAUCUAGAAGUAAUAUGAGUCACUUUAAAGAAUCCAGUACUAGCAAGGACUGUGAAGGAGAGGAAGCAUAGUAGUAUUUAAUAUGAAAUAGAUUUAGAGAAUAGAGGCAAAAUUAGUUAGAAAGAAGAAGUAGAUUCAGAGAUGAGAAGGUUGAUUGAUUCAGGUAAUAAUGGAUAAGUUGGUCAGUCCGGUUUAGAACAGGGGCACAUCCAGUGUGUUUUCAGGAAGAGCUUAAGCUUAUUUUUAAACAGAGUAGUAGAGGGAAGUGUGGUAAGUUCAGAGGGAAGUAGGUUCCAGGUUUUUCCAAUGGAAAUAGAAAACAGAGAGUCUCCAGCUCUAUUAUUUGAUUUGUUGAUGUAUACAAGAGAUUUUUGUGAUGAUCUUAGGGACUUAAGGUUAGCAUAGGGGUGGAUAAGAUUAGAUAGGAUGGGUGUUUUGUCAGGUUGAUAAAGUAUUUUGUGGACGAUGGUCAGUUGAUUAUAUUUCAGAUGCUGGUGAAAUUUAAGCCAUCCAAGAUGCUUUAAAUUAAUACAGUGAUGAGUUCUAUAAGGAUUACCUGUGGCAAAUCUGGCUAUGCUAUUAUAGGAGUUUUCUAGUUUUUUAAGGUUAUUUUUUGACAGAUUGGUAAAU